AUGGUGGCUGCCGCUGGAAAGGUGCUCGGUCUACAGAAACUCAAACAAGGACAAGAAUACAGGGGAGGUUUCAAAGAUGCGUGGCCAGAAGACAUUUUGGCGCCGGUUAUGGCCGAAGCGGCACUGCGGGCUAAGAUCCAGACAAGAGAUGUUCAAGAUGUUCUGAUAGGAAAUGUCCUCGCGGAGCUAGGCUUUGCAAAGACCGGUAGAAUGGCGCUCUUACACGCUGGGUUUCCGACGUCAACGACAUUUCACACCGUCAAUCGUCAGUGCUCGAGUAGUCUUCAGGCCCUAACACACAUGGCACAUGCUAUCCAAGCAGGCCAAAUCGAUGUCGCUCUCGCUGGAGGUGUCGAAAGCAUGUCGAAGAACUAUCAGUCUCGCGGAAUCCCCCAAGACGUGGGUCCAACGCUGCGCAACACCAAGGUCAAAGCAGCUGCCGACUGUCUCAUGCCUAUGGGUAUUACAUCGGAGAAUGUUGCGAGGAGAUAUGGAGUUGAUCGUAAGAUGCAGGAUGAGUACGCGCUGCUAAGCCAUACUCGUGCGAAUGAUGCUCUUGCCGCUGGUGGGUUUCAGGCGGAGAUAGUGCCGAUUGAGUACAUGGUGUAUGACAGCGAGACUGGGGGAACCUCACAAGUUCGAGUGGCUGCAGAUGAUACCAUCCGACCAAACGUGACUUUGGACAAGUUGGCCAAACUUAAGCCCGCAUUUCUGGAGGACGGUGGUAGCACCGCUGGGAACUCGUCCCAAAUAUCCGACGGCGCAUCAGCAGCCAUCCUCGCCCGUCGCUCAUGGGCAACCGACCGUGGCCUGAAACCCUUAGCGCGAUUCCUCGGAACUCAAGUUGCUGGAUGUGAACCUGACGAAAUGGGCAUGGGUCCCAUCUAUGCCAUUCCACGACUGUAUAAGCAUGUCGGUAUAGAGCAGAAAGAUGUUGAUGUUAUCGAACUCAAUGAGGCAUUUGCAAGCCAAACUCUGGCGUGCAUCAAUAAACUUGGCUUGGAUGUUGAUAGGGUCAAUCCGAAUGGUGGUGCUAUCGCCAUUGGACAUCCAACUGGAGCGACUGGGACGAGACAGCUUGCGACGUUGAUUGCUGAGCUUGGGAGAAGGGGGGAUGAGAUUGGAGUUAUUAGCAUGUGUGCUAGUACUGGAAUCGGUGUUGCAUCCGCUAUAGUCAUGGAAUAG